AUGGACACCCACCUGCAGGCGACGGACCAGGCGGCGUCUGGCGUAUUGGCCAAUGCGGUCACUUACGACAGGUGGUUCAAGGCGGCCGACACCGAUUCGGACGGUCGCGUCACCGGCGCCGAUGCUGUCGAGUUUUUCCAGCGGUCUGGCCUCAGUAAGGACGUCCUGGCGCGCGUCUGGGACAUGGCCAACACCUCAAGGGCGGGCUACCUGGACCGCGCGGCGUUCCACAAAGCAAUGGACCUCAUCAGCAUCGCCCAGCAGGGCUGCAGCGUGAACAAGCAGGCAUACCUGGCGGCCCUUGUCCGCGGCAUUGCACCGCCCCACCUGGCCGGCCUGAUGGGCAGCGAUGAGGCGGGCGGCGCCGACGGCAGCGAAUCGAGUGGCCCGCCGUCGCCGGUCAAGGAUCCUGGCUGCCAGCACGACAAGCAGGGCGACGACGCAAAAGGCAGCCGCACCCGCGGCCGGCGGGGGGCGGCGGCGCGGCAGCGGGUGCCGGCCAGCAUCGUGACGUCGGUUGUUGACGGCCUCAAGGCCAUAUACUUCACAAAGGUUCGUCCGCUGGAGGAGGCCUUCAAGUUCAGCAGCUUCUUCAGCAGCCUGCUGCAGCCUAGCGACUUUGACGCCAAGCCGUCAGUGCUGCUGAUGGGUCAGUACAGCACCGGCAAGACCACGUUUGUGGUCGUGCACCACGGGCUGGAGGAGCGGCGGACGCCCGGCAACACGCUGGCGGUGCAGCCGGACAAGCCCUACCAGGGCCUCUCCGGGUUUGGCACCGGCUUCCUGACGCGCUUUGAGGGCUCGCAGUGCCCCGCACGGCUGCUUGAGGACGUCACCAUCAUCGACACGCCGGGGGUGCUCUCCGGGGAGAAGCAAAGGAUAGACCGCCACUAUUCCUUCAUCAAUGUGUGCGAGUGGUUUGCGGCCCGCUGCGACAUGAUCCUGCUGCUGUUUGACCCCUUCAAAUUGGACAUCAGCGACGAGAUGCGGCAGGUCAUCGCCGCCCUGAGGGGCCACGACGAUAAGAUUCGCGUUGUGCUUAACAAGGCAGACCAGGUGGACCAGCAGCAGCUGAUGCGCGUGUACGGCGCGCUGAUGUGGAGCCUGGGGAAGGUGUUCAGGACGCCGGAGGUCUGCAGGGUCUACAUCGGCAGCUUCAACGCCGACAAGCCUGUCGACGCGUCCAGGAACCCCGAGUGCGUCGGGCUGUUCGAGAAGGAGCACGCAGACCUGCUGGAGGACCUGCACGAGAUCCCGGCGCGCUCCUGCGACAGGAAGGUCAACGAGUUUGUCAAGCGCGUGCGUGCCCUCAGGAUCCACAUGAUGCUCAUCGGCCACAUCCGCAAGCACAUGCCUGCCGUGUUUGGCAAGGAUGGGGCCAAGCGCAAGGUCCUGGAGCAGCUGCCGGAGAUAUUCUACGAGGUGCAGCGCGAGCACCACCUGCCGGCGGGGGACUUCCCGGACCUGGGCCGCUUCAGGAGCAUACUCGCCACCUUUGACUUCACGCUGUUUCCCAAGAUGACGCCCGACAAGCUGGCCACCAUUGACGCCGUCCUUGCGGAGUACAUCCCCAACCUCGUCAAGGCUUUUGACAACCCGUACAACUGA